GCUGGCUCUGCUCUGCUGCUGCAUGGCUUCUCUCCUGCUCUCAGGGAAAGCAGAACUGCAAGUCUCUGCCUCGGGUGGCACGGAAGAUGUUGCCAAUUUGUUGGAGAAUCAGUUUUCAGCUGGAGACCCAAGUCUAGAGGAGGAGAGGGCACUUUAUGCAGACCCAGUCCCUCCAGAGAAGAACCUGCAGCUCCAUUACACAGAUGACAAUGAGGCUGAGAAUUGGGAGAAGAGAGAGGCUGGUGGGGAGCCCAGGCCCCCUGCUGAUGCUGAAGGUCACCAUAGUCCUGCUUCUGACCCUGAAGCCAAUACCUCUGCCUUAGAGUCGGCUCUGCCCUGGGAAGCUGCUGCUGAGGCUGGAGCUGUAAGGGAAGGGGAAGCCCCUGAAGAAGGAAAAGAGGUCCCUCUGGAGAAAAAGCAGCAGGAACUCAUGGAGGCAGAUGCUGCAGGAGGGCAAGAGGCAGAGGCUAGUUCUGAAGAAGGAAAAGGAGGACCCCUAGAGGAAAAGCAGCAGGAGCUAAUGGAGGGAGAUGGUGCAGGAGGGCAAGAGGCAGAGGCUAGUUCUGAAGAAGGAAAAGGAGAACCUCUAGAGGAAAAGCAGCAGGAGCUUAUGGAGGGAGAUAGUUCAGAAGGGGAAGGGGUUGGGGAUAGUCCCUUGAGAGAGGAAGCUGUGACUGAAGGAGGCUCAGAAUCUUCUAGUGCAGGAGAGGCUGAAGGGCCAGCUAGAGAGGGAGAGAAGGCCACUGAAGCGAUGGGAGACGUACCAGGAAAAGAGGAAAUGGCAGCAGCGGAACCUGAGUCCCCUUCCAGCUCAGAGCACGAUGGUGGCCAGGAUUCUAUGAGAGAAAAUGGAGACCAAGAAUUUAGUGAGACCCCAGGAAGCGAGGAGACAGAAAUGACACUAGAAAAUGAGUUACCGGAGGCUGAUGCAGAUGCAGGAGAGCCUAAGGAAAGAGAACAAGAGUUGGAGGCUGGGGCAGAAGUGCCUGCCCAGGGAGAGCCCCAGGGAACCUUGGAGGAAAAUCAGAACUUGGAGAGCUCAGCCCCAGCCAAGGCCAGAGAGGCAGAAGACACUGACAGCUCUGGGGCACAGCAGGAGGCUGAGCUGCUCUCUCCUGAAGGUCAGGUUUCACUAGGAACCAGCCAGGAGUUGGAGGAGGUAUCCUCUGAAGAACAAGGGGAAGAGGAAGAGAAUCAGUCCGAGGAGAAAUCUGAAGAAGAAUCUGGGGAAGUCAGCUCAGAAGAAGAAGGGGAGCUUUCAGGGGAAGCUGUGGCUGCCCAGCAAGAGCCAGGAGCCACAAGCCAUGAAGAAGGGGAGGUUUCUGGAGAAGUUGUGGCUGCCCAGGAAGAACCAGGAGCCACAAGCCAGGAGGAGGAAGAAGCCGCCAAAUUGAGCCCAGACGAGACAGUCUCAGCCCUUGAAGACUCGGAAGUUCCAGGUUCCCCAGAAGAGACAGAGGAUGUAAGUGAAGCACCUGUAAGGGACCGUUCUCAUAUAGAAGAAACUCUGAUGCUGAAGGAAGACAAGCCAGCUGAUGAUUUUUCAGGGGUGAUGCAGCGGUUAAGAAAGAUCUACCAUUCUUCCAUCAAACCUCUGGAGCAAUCCUAUAAGUACAAUGAACUGAGGCAGCAUGAGAUUACAGAUGGGGAGAUCACUUCCAAACCAAUGGUACUUUUCCUGGGACCGUGGAGUGUUGGCAAAUCUACCAUGAUAAACUAUCUCCUUGGUCUGGAAAACACUCGUUAUCAGCUUUACACAGGUGCUGAGCCCACCACUUCUGAGUUCACAGUCCUCAUGCAUGGCCCUAAGCUGAAAACCAUCGAGGGCAUUGUCAUGGCUGCUGACAGUGCUCGCUCCUUCUCACCUCUUGAAAAGUUUGGCCAGAACUUCCUGGAGAAGCUGAUUGGCAUCGAGGUCCCUCACAAGCUUUUGGAGAGGGUCACUUUUGUGGACACACCUGGCAUCAUUGAAAACCGCAAGCAGCAAGAACGAGGUUACCCAUUCAAUGAUGUGUGCCAGUGGUUCAUUGACAGAGCUGAUCUCAUCUUUGUUGUCUUUGACCCAACCAAAUUGGAUGUGGGUCUGGAGCUGGAGAUGCUCUUUCGCCAACUAAAAGGCCGUGAAUCCCAAAUAAGAAUAAUAUUGAACAAAGCUGAUAAUCUGGCCACCCAGAUGCUCAUGCGGGUUUAUGGUGCCCUCUUCUGGAGCUUGGCCCCUCUCAUCAAUGUCACAGAACCUCCAAGAGUUUAUGUCAGCUCCUUUUGGCCCCAGGACUAUAAGCCUGACACCCACCGGGAGUUAUUCCUCAAAGAAGAAAUUUCUCUUUUGGAAGAUCUGAACCAGGUGAUUGAGAAUAGGAUGGAGAAUAAGAUUGCCUUUAUCCGUCAGCACGCCAUCCGGGUACGCAUUCAUGCUCUCUUAGUAGACCGCUAUUUGCAGACCUACAAGGACAAAAUGACCUUCUUUAGUGAUGGAGAGUUGGUCUUCAAGGACAUUGUGGAGGAUCCAGAUAAGUUCUACAUCUUCAAGACCAUUCUGGCAAAGACCAAUGUCAGCAAGUUUGAUCUCCCCAAUCGCGAGGCUUAUAAGGACUUCUUUGGCAUCAAUCCUAUCUCCAGUUUCAAGCUGCUUUCUCAGCAGUGCUCCUACAUGGGAGGAUGCUUUCUGGAGAAGAUUGAACGGGCCAUCACCCAUGAGCUUCCCAGUCUCUUGGGAAGCAUUGGGUUGGGGAAGAAUCCAGGUGCUCCCAACUGCGACAAAACAGGGUGUGGUGAAACCCCAAAGAACCGCUAUAGGAAACCUUAAUGCUGUGGAGUUUAACUGGUUCUUGUGUUUCUAUUGGUGAAUGAGCUUGUGUCUUAUGUGUAUGAGAAGCCCCGGUUUAUUAACCCUUUGAGCCAAACUGGCAAGAGCUAUUGUACAAUGAAGGGCUUGGAGUUAAUGGAGGCCAAUUGUGGGGGAAUGUGCAAGGGCCUAGUAAAGAGAAUGGAAACUGUGAAUUAUAGACCUUUUUGUACUUGCUAUUUUAAUUAGAAGGCCCCAUUUUCCCUAUGAGCAAAAGCAGAAAAAUGUAAAAUAGAGUAUAGUUGCUUUCCCUUGGCACUGAUUUGGAGGAUCAGAGGAUAGUUUGUAUACACUGAAAAAAAAAAAAAAAGGUUGGGAUUCACAUACAAUAGAAGUAAUUAGGAUUCCUUUUCCUGAAAAAUAGGGGAAAGAGUGAGGAUAGGGGUUAGAUAAGAGGAUCCAUGACCAGAAAAACCUCCUCCACAAAGCCAAUUCUAGGACUUGGCUUGAAGGUCAAAUAUUGGUUUUAUUUUCUCUAUCCUGACCUUUUCACCAUCAGUCUUAAAAUUCAGAAGUAAUAUCAUCCUUUUUUCUGACAUCAGGAAGUAAAGAUACCUGGUGACCAGCUUUCAGUUUGGCUGUGGGCAGAAGGAGGACAUUCAGGGUCUGACCCCUUAAGGAGUUUGAAUAUAAGGAUUGAUUCCAUGUUCAAACCCAACUGCAGAGCCUGUUAUCUUCUUCUGUUGGGCUCUUUAUUCACAGAUUCUUUGGGUACGUUAUGAAGGAAUAAGAGCUCCCCAGAGUAGUUGAGGAUUAGAUCAUCUCUUCCACAGGGACAAACUACUUUUCAAUACAGCCCACUGCCUAGGCCCACUGUGAAACCUAGUUUUUCUAUCAUGCUAAAGGAGAAAAUAGGCAUUCAGUGUAUGCAAGUAGUUUGCUUCAUGCCAUUCUUGGAUUACCAAUUAAGCAAAGGCAUGAAUAGAGCUCAGAGGGUUAAUAGGUUUGCAGUGUGUCUUUGUCUAUUGCAUGUUUUGGAAGAGACAGCUAACCGAGGCCCCAAGGCCUCCAAGAGGAUGGUGGGGGUCACGCUCCUUCUCCAUUAAAGGAUUUUUCUUUGAAUUUAUCUCCUCUAAAUUUCGGAGGAGACAAACUCCAUGCUCUAUCUGUGGGGGCUGUUGGGGUAAGAGUGAUGUCUUUCAUGUGGUAGUUUCUCUGUCUUUCUUUUGUCCUGCCCUUCAUACCCCCUGAUGUACCAACAUCCAGAAUUAGGAAUGAUUUCCUUUGACUUAGAAAGCACUCAAAAGUCAGAACCAAUACCAGCUCUUCAUUCAUCUCAAUAGCAGCUUCAUGCUGAUAUCCAGUUACAGCCAGCAUAUGACAGUGCACAUGAGAAAGUCAUGGGCUAUGGAUAGAUGUGUGUGUAUAAAUCUCUGUGUGCAUGUGUGUGUGUGGUGAUGGAAAUAAUCACAUUGUAGAGAAUGUAUAGACAGACAUUUUUUGUUGAGAAAAUACUGCCUGGUUGAUUGGCCCCAAGGACAUCAAGGGGCCAGAUAGAGAGGUAGAGCCGGUAGAGAGGUAGAGGGGAGGGCCGGUUCUCAGAGCAGAAGGAAGAGAUAACAUAUAGAGUAGUAAGAGAUGCAUGGAAAUGCUGGGGACCUGUCAUGUGGACCAUCCUGUGAAAUCAAUGGGCCAGCCCUCAUACUGGGGCAGAUAAUGGGGUUUUCCCUGCCUUCAAGCCAGAGUCACCUACACCAGAGGGAAGAGGAGGGGGAAAAAGCUAUCUUUUUGGUAGCCAGAAAGGGAAGGCAGAGAAGGUGAGACAAUGGAAGUGAUGUGGCACAGUAGCUCUGGAGCCAGAUGAACUGGGUUCAAAUCCUGCCUAAGAUGCUGACCACCUAUGUGACCUUAGGUGAGUGAUUAAAUUUCUCUGGGUCUCAACUUCAUUAGCUGGAAAAUUAGGAUAUUGUAAUGGAUGACCUCUGAGGUCCCCCUUUAGCUCUAGAUUCAUGAUCCGAGAAAAUAGAUAGCUACUGUGUGAGUGACCCAUUCUCAUAGGGAUAUCUCAGUAGUGAUUAUUGCUUUUGGCUUUUCUGGGGCUUGGAGAUGAGUAUGGGGAUAGUAGUGUGGAAAGAAGGUUGAAACAAUUCCAAAGAAAAUGACAAAUUUCCAAAGUCCCUAGGAACUUGGUUCUAUACCAUUCCCUAGUAGUCACCUGGUUAACCUACCUGGAGGUGAUAAUCUUAGGUUGGAAUCCAGGGCAGGAACUUAGAGACAAUGGGAGAAGGGCAGGGAAAAUUCCUGGGAGGUCCCUGCUCAGCCCAACAUUGGAUAUAGCCAACCAAAAAGGCAGACAGGCCAACAUCUAGGGCCAUUUAGAGAGCUUGCUAUGAAAAGACAAAUGGUAACUCAGAAGGAAGAGAAAGUUUGGGAGUUUGCCCUAGAUUUCCUUCUCAUACUUCUUUAUUCUUACCUCCUCCUUCUUCAAUGAGCUCUUUUUCUCUCUAUCUUAUAUUCACAGGAAACUUCCCAGUGUAAUAAUUUUACUAACUAUGCAAGCUGAGGCAAAAAAAAUGGCAGAACUGUCUAGGCUUUGUCAUAGAUGUGGAUGUCACUGUUGCUUUUUUUCUUUUUUUGGUAGAAUAAGGCUAAUAAUAAAUUCCUACACUAUUUAUAUUUUCAAGGGCUACAUGAUCUAUGUGUUCUUUUACACCUUUCUCCCUGUCUCACCUCCUGCCUUUUAUUUUUCCUUUAUUCCACUCUUUCCUAUAAUUUUUCUCCUUCCUUCUCUGUUUGUAUUCUGUCUCUUUCCUAUCAGGCCAUUUAAUCAAUCACUACAUGUUUAUGGAGUACUUACUGGUUAUCUGGUACUUGGGUAGGCACUGAAGAGUGGGAGGAGGCUGGGCUUUUAACAAAAUUUUAACCCUUCUUUAGGUAUUGAGGUACAGAGAAAUCCUCCCAACACCCAGCUUUUAUCCAAAUCUUGCCCUUCUUCAAUGUUCAUUUAAUUCAAUUCCAUAUAACACACAUUCAUUAAUUAAUAAGAUAUCUCUUCCUCUCAAUGGCAUGGGUUGUUGGUAGGAUACAGAAUCAUACAAUUCUUAAAUCAAAAUUACAAAAUUUAAUUUACAAAACAAAAAAUUGCAAAAAUUAAUUUAAUCAUUUUAUUUGAUAUGUGAUUUUUGUUUAAAGACCAAAUAGUUGGAACAGCUAGGUGGUGCAGUGGAUAAGGCACAAGCCUUGAAGUCAGGAGGACCUGAGUUCAAAUCUAGCUUCAGACACUUAACACUUCCUAGCUGUGUGACCCUGGACAAGUCACUGAACCACAAUUGCCUCAGCCAAAAAAAAAAAUCAGACAGUUGACAUGGUACUGUAGAGGAAUUAAACCAAGAAGGAGACUUCCUGUUCACUGGGUGAAUCCUCUGAGGGGAGAUUUAUAGAAAGACAAUGAUGGACCUGUACAGGAUGAGAAGGUACAGAGAGGUUAUGAUUUGCAAUCACAAUUCUUCACAUAGAUGAAGUAUGUAGGAGACCCAGCUAGGUGCUGUUUUUUUUUAUUACAGUAAGGAAAAAAGCUUUACGUGGGUGUUUAGCACCUUGUAUCUUUUGAAGACAGUCCAGGAGGACUUAUUAAUUUCCUUCUGACAAAGGUGGUCUGGUUAUUCCUAAAUUAUUGGGUUGUUUGGGUAGAAGAAUGGGUAGGCCCCACUUUCAGCAGAAUUGUGAAUUGAGCAGUUUGUGUUAAGGACACUUCUCCCCCCCUCCACACACACACUUUACCUUCUCCCCUCUUGGUUCCACCUUAUUAGUUGUCUAUUCAGUUGACAAUUCUCCUGGCCCUGCUUUCUGCUAGCUAAUUCUUACUAAAGUGUUAGCUGAUGUUUUUUAGAUGUUCUACUUCUUUAAGAUGUAUGUAUUUUAGUAGCUUAAAAAACCUUCCAGACCAAAAGGAAUUAAUUUCUAAAUGAUGGAAUUUAAGGCACUGUGAAGGUCGGGGAAGAGAUUUCAGGGAAGAGAACCUGCCCCAAAUACCUCAAGUUAUACCCACUAGGCAGUCACCCACUCUUCCUAUACCUAAGGUAAAUCCUUCUAGUGGUAAUUGUGUGCAGCUGAGUUAGAAGUUCCUGCCUGGUGGUAACAUGUAAGGAGAUCAUUUCCUAUUUGACUGCCUCAGAAGGUAACUAUCCUAAGCCAUUCUAUGAAGAGUCUGGCUUAACUAGUGUAUUUGAUUUUAAAGAUUAGCCAGUGAUCCACAGUCCUAAAUUCCUUUGUCAGUGGUGUUUAGGCAAGAAUCCCGUUUUGCUCCAUGCCAAGAGAGACACUCAGAAAGCUGUAGGGGAAAGAGCACUGGAUUUAAAGUCAAUGGACCUGAAUUCAAAUCCUGGCUCUAUAACUUGCUCUUUGUGUCAUCUUGGGCAAAUCACGUUACUAAGGGACUCAGUUUUUUCCUCUAGAAAAUGAGGGUGGUGGUGGAUUAGACAGAAAGACCCUUUUCAGCUUUAAAUCCUAUGAUUCAUGAUGGACUGGGGUAAAGUCAUAGUAUUUUACAGAUAUUGUGUAUGACAGCCACAUAAAUAAAAUUACUUAUUUGGCAAACCCACUUGUGUUAUGUGUCUAUCUUUCCAGAAAGCAAGACCAACAUUUAAAAAAUACAUGUGACAUAUAUGGUGUGAUUAAGGGCUAUUGGGAAGGUCUCUGCUUAUCUCCUCCUUCCCUUCCAGUUCCCUCAACUUGAUUCUUUCCUCUUUACUCCCUGAAAGAAGCUAAGAUGUUUAAGUGACAUGCCUGAAGUCAUAACCUAAUUUAAAGGAAGAACUAGGAUGAGGACCCAGGGUCUUAAUUUCCAGAUAACAGCUCAUUUCAUCACACAAGUUCCCUUUGGUUCAGCCUACAGUGUUAUUCCACUAUCUGUAUCUGCAAUCUUUUUUUAAAAGGCAAAUUCUCUUAGGAAGGAUAACUUGGAAGGGAAUUUUAGACCCUUUCCUAGGAAUAUGUUUUGAUAGGAAAGAAUAAAACCCUGAAGCCAUGUCAGGGAGGAUAGAAGGCUGGUGAAGUGGGACUAGAGCAGAAGCCACAGAUAAGUUUCUCAGGUCUUCCCAGUUUCUUUUAGUGCUCCAGGCCAGUACUACUGUAGUGUUCAAACUACUGUAGCUCAGGAAAGAAGGAAGGAAAAUUAAAUUUUAUGUAUUUUUCUGCUUCUUGUAAGAGUCAUGAUCUGGGCCUUAGGGAAGAAAGCAGUUGCUAUUCAUCUAAUGAUUUAAAAUUUGCAAAAUACUCUGCAUAUCACUUGACUCUCACACCAUCACCAUGAUGUAAGUGCUAGAGGUAUUAUGAUCUCUGUUUUACAUUUUGGAAAAAAAGGAAAAAACCAAACAAUGCACACAACAUCGGUGAUUGAGCUGUGGCCACACAAUUAGUAAGUAUCCAAGGCAGGAAAUGAACCAGAGACCCAAGGAAAUUAACUUCAAGAUCUGCACAUAUCUACAAUGCUGUGAUGUCUUUGUUAACUGGCUAUUUGCUCAGGGAAUAGAUCAGUUUGAAUUUCAUGCUACCUUUUCUAGUUUUGCUCUUCCCAUAUGACUAGGAGUGAUUCUCAAACUAUCUUGGCAAAGUUAAUACCUCCACUUUUAACUUCAGUUAUUUCUUUACUCUAACAAGUAACAAAGUCUUCCCAUAUUAAGGAUAUAAAAGAUACUCUUGAUGAGAUACUAGGGAGCCUAGAUUUGGAGGGUGAGAAUCUGUGCUGAAUUUUUGCCUUGGCACAUUACUCUUCCUGGACUGUGGGUCUCAAUGUUUUUGGACCUUCUCAGCUCUAAAAUCCUAUAAAUAAUGAAGUUGGUGUCCAUUUUUUAAACUACCACAAAUUGUGCCAGACAUUGACAUCUUGUGAAUACCUACAGCCUCACAAGCAGGGUCAGCAGCCGCUUGCUUCCCUCAGACACAUCCUUCUUAGACCAAGCUAGGGAACUCAAACAACCUUCAGCAUUAUCCUCUCUUUCAAUAGCAAAUAAAGAAGCUGGGAGAUACAUCCUCUGAAUUAGAAAAAAAAGCAAAAUCUGAUUGAAUUCUGUUCUUAGAGAAAAGUUCCAGGCAGUUACCACUGGGGUAUCUGUAGGGAUGAUAUAGGUAUGUAUGUGUGAUGCUGUGUAUGCAUUAUAAGUGAGUAAAUGUGUGCAGGUGGAGGUAGGAGUGUUGUGUGUGUGUUUCUAUGGUAGUGAGCAAUGGGUAUAUGUGAGGUAUGUGUAAAUGGGCAAGGCAGUAUGUAGUUAUCCUUGUGUGAUUGGGAGAAUUGGUGCCAAGGGAAGGAAAACUGUUUAUGGGUAGGUGAUACCAU